AUGGCGUCCGGUCUUUUCCUGGCUUUAUUUUUCGCGUGUGUGUCUGCUAUGACACCUUCGAACGGUGUCGAGUUUCUAUUUCCGACCCAGGGCGCAACAUUGCACUAUAACGACUAUGUGCAAGUGCAAUACACAUCGGAAUUCAGCGCCCCAUUCCUCUACACAUUUUGUAGAGCGGCCAGCGGUAGUGUUUCUCAGAAACAAAGCCAGGGCGUGGGUGGCUACAACAGCACGGCUCUCCUCAAACUUUCGUGGACCGGCUCUGAUACACCAUGCUGGUUCAACCUGAAGCCGAGCGCAGGAGCAGCCGUCGGAAAGGGCGCCAAUUCCGACAAUUGGCAGUUUGACGUAUCAGAACGUGCCGCAACCACCGUCGUGCUCGGCUCUUCCGCGACCGCGACUGCUACCGCCUCUCCAACGAUAACGACAACUUCUUCAGCCACAACCACGACGACUUCUUCAGACUCUUCUAGAGAGACUUCAUCCAUGACGUCAACGGCGGCUUCUUCGAGUGGGUCAAGUACAACUUCCUCGGCCGAGUCAACGGCAACCUCGUCGGACGAGCCCACGAGCAGCAGUCUUGCGUUGGACACAUCGGCGAGUUCCCAGACGGCUUCUGCGUCAGCAGAGUCCUCUCAAGCCUCAAACGCCGGACUAUCGAUGGGAGCACAGAUUGGUGUAGGGAUUGGUGUUGCCAUCGCAGGUAUCUGUUUUGGCGUCAGCGCAGGCAUCUGGUGUAUGCGUCGACGACGGCAGAAGGCUAGGCAGGGCGCAUUUGCCAGGAUCGAAGCUCCCCCCUCCAGCGCAGGGCAGGUGUCCAGUGUCGAGGAGAUGAAGUAUCCUCCGAUAUAUGCGGGACAGAUGCCUCACCAGAUACCCUUGACGGAGAUGCCAGGAGCCGCCCUGGCGCAAUGCCUCCAGGAAUCCGAAUGCGUCAUGGUCCAGCGAAACUCGGCCGCUGACUGCCUCCGGUCACCACUCGCCGAGACGCUGCCCACGAAAUGCCAGCAGCUGAAGAAGGGGUUUGGCGAGUGCCGCCGCGGCAUGAUCGACAUGCGCAAGCGCUUCCGGGGCAACCAGCCCGCGGCCUUCAAGAACCUACAAGAAAGCGAAGCCACUGGCGAGGGGUACCAGCUGUACGCUGGCAAGUCUGCAUUUGGUGGGACCAGGGGCGAGACGGCCGGUGACGGCAAAGCACCCCCAGAUUGGAGGGAUCUCGAGAAUGCAAAGUACCGGAACGAGGUCGAGUCGAAAAAGCCGUGA